AUUAAUUUCGGAUGAAAAAAAAAAGAGAAAGGUGUGGGGACGCAUCACACACCAAAUCACUGUUUCUCCUGAAAACAUCUUUCAAGCUCUCUCUCAAAGACAUGACGCCGGAAGCUACGGAGAAUGAGCGAUGGUGCGUUGUUACCGGUGGUAGAGGAUUCGCGGCGAGGCAUCUUGUUGAAAUGCUCGUACGCUACGAAAUGUUCAGCGUCCGCAUCGCCGAUUUAGCUCCGGCGAUAAUGCUUGAUCUUCAUGAAGAGAACGGAGUUCUCGACGAAGGAUUAAGAUCUGGUCGUGUUCAAUAUAUCUCCGCUGAUCUUCGAGAUAAAUCUCAAGUCGUUAAAGCUUUUCAGGGAGCUGAGGUGGUGUUUCACAUGGCAGCUCCAGAUUCUUCUAUCAACAAUCAUCAGCUUCAGUACUCGGUGAAUGUUCAAGGGACACAAAAUGUGAUUGAUGCUUGUGUUGAUGUUGGAGUAAAGAGGCUUAUUUACACUAGCUCUCCUAGUGUUGUGUUUGAUGGUGUUCAUGGUAUUUUAAAUGGUAGUGAAUCAAUGGCUUACCCAAUUAAGCACAAUGACUCAUAUUCAGCAACUAAAGCUGAAGGAGAAGAAUUGAUCAUGAAGGCGAAUGGGAGAAAAGGACUACUCACUUGUUGCAUACGUCCAAGCAGUAUUUUUGGUCCCGGUGAUAGAUUAUUGGUACCCUCACUUGUUGCUGCUGCUAGGGCUGGAAAAUCCAAGUUUAUUAUAGGUGAUGGGAAUAAUCUCUAUGAUUUCACUUACGUUGAGAAUGUUGCUCAUGCCCAUGUUUGUGCUGAGCGUGCUCUAGCUUCAGGAGGAGAUGUUUCUACAAAAGCUGCUGGACAGGCAUAUUUCAUUACCAACAUGGAGCCAAUUAAAUUUUGGGAGUUUGUGUCACAGCUCCUUGAAGGACUUGGUUACGAGAGGCCAAGCAUAAAGAUCCCUGCGUUUGUCAUGAUGCCGAUUGCGCAUCUGGUUGAACUGACAUAUAAACUGUUGGGACCAUAUGGGAUGAAAGUACCACAACUAACACCUUCAAGAGUUAGGCUUCUCUCGUGCAGUAGAACUUUCGAUUCCACAAAAGCAAAGGAUCGGCUAGGCUAUGCUCCUGUGGUGCCACUUCAGGAAGGUAUACGGAGGACGAUAGACUCAUUCUCUCACCUAACAGCUGGAAGUCAAUCCAAAAGAGAGGGCCCAUCCAAGGCUUCUAGGAUCCUUGGAGGCGGAAAGGUUGCAGAUACACUUCUCUGGAAGGAUUUAAAGCAGACUCUCAUUGCCAUAUUCAUUCUAAUUAGUGUCUAUUAUAACUUUGUUGCAACUGGUUCUACCAUCGUAACUGCUCUUUCAAAGGCUCUAUUGGUAGCAUCGGUAUUUUUGUUCCUCCAUGGCAUUCUACCAGAGAAAAUAUUUGGUUAUACAGUUGAAAAGAUUCCUGCAUCGCAGUUUCACCUCUCGAAAGACUCAUCAGAACACCUCUCAUUGUCAGUGAUCUCUUCAUGGAACACCACUGUAAAAGCUUUAAGAUCUCUUUGCCAGGGGAAUGAUUGGAGCUUCUUUUUCAAGGUGGUCUUCGUUUUGUUAGCAUUGAGUUUGGCUGGAGCCAUAUCUCUUCACAACAUAUUUGUUAUUGGAAUUCCCAUUGCCUUCAUUGCUUUUAUCGUGUACGAAAAAAAGGAGCAAGAGAUCGACUCAAUAGUGAUUUUCUAGUGGUUUUUGGUAACAUGCUUGGAGGAAAAUGGAUGUUGCUAGCUUGCUUGGUUUGCGAGAUGCCUAUUAAGUCCCCAGCAUUUGUCCUCUAACAUGAAAGUAAGCAUUAAAAAAUCGAAUGAAUUUGAGAAAAAAAAAAAAAAGGAGAAGAAAGAUUCGCAAAGCCUAUAAAGUCUUGUGGCUCUAUGUACGAUCAUCUACUAAAGCUCAUGUCUUCAAUUAGUGCCUUUGAAUAUAGGAUCAAUUGAUAGAUCAUCAGAACACAAAACAACUUAAAUAUUAAAUCAAAUGACAUAUUAGUAUAAGCCAACUUUAUGAAGUGGCAGCCUUUUUUAUCUACUUCUAGUCUCUGUUUCUCGAAUUUUCCUAUCCUAAUAUCCAAAAUGAAUGUAAAUUGCGUUAAUUUUCA